CAGGGACAAGGAUGGGGACAGGACUGGGGACAAGGAUAGGGACACGGUCAGGGACAGAGUCAGGGACAAGGAUGGGGACAGGAUCAGGGACAGGCAGGGGCGGGGCAGGGACAAGUUCAGUGGCAGGAUCAGGACUGGGGACAGAGAUAGGGACAAGGGUAGGGACAGACACAGGGACAAGUCCAGUGACAGAGACAAGGAUGAGGACAAGGACAGGGACAAGACUGGGGACACGAUCAGGAUCAGUGACAGAGUCAGGGACAAGGAUGGGGACAGGAUCAGGGACACACAGGGACAGGGACCAGUCCAGUGACAGAAUCAGGACUGGGGACAGGGACAAGGAUGGGGACAGGAUCAAGGACACUCAGGGACACAGUCAGGGCUGGCCACAGGGUCCAGCCCCCUCAUCCCCUGCCUGUCCCCAGGGCGGGCUGGCUGUCCCCUGAGGGCGUGGGGACACGCGUGACGCCGGGCGGGUGGCACCAGCGGGGUUCCUGUUCCCCGGCGGGCACAGGGCAGGAAGCGGGGCUGGCACCGUCCCUGUCCCCAGCGGUCCCUAGCGUGUCCCCAGCGUGUCCUCAGGGCCAUGGCCAACAGCCCCGACCUGUACGAGACCCUGGAGAUCCGGUACCCGCCCCCCCGGGCCCGCGGGGACACCGGGCCGCCGCCCCCGGCGCUGUCCCCUCGGUGUCGCGCGUGUCGCCGGGCGCUGGGCACGGCCGCGCUGCUGCUGCUGGUGGCGGGGCUGGCGGCGCUGGGCACCCUCUACGUGCAGAGCCGGGGGGAGCUGCGGGCGGCGCGGGCGGAGCUGGCGGCGGCCACCGACCCCCUGGGGCCCGACCCCGACGGUGACACCCCUUCAGCGGCGCAGCGGCAGCAGGACCGGCUCGGGCGGUGGCUGCAGGCGCUGGCGCUGGGCUGGCGCUACCACCGGGGCAAGAUUUACCUGUUCUCGGUUCAGCGGCAGCCCUGGGCCGCGGCCGAGGCCGCCUGCGCGGUGACACACGCGCACCUGGCCUCUGUCACCAGCGCCGAGGAGCAGGCGUACCUGGCGCGAGAGGCCCGAGGUGGCACCUACUGGAUCGGGCUGACGGCCACGGGCGGCUCCUGGCGCUGGUCGGACGGGACCCCCUAUUCCCCCGAUCACAGUUUCUGGGCUCCAGGCCAGCCGGACAGCACCGACCACGGCCACUGGGGCGGCGAGAGCUGCGUCCAGAUCCACCCGGUGGGCGCGGGGCUCUGGAACGACCACAACUGCAACUUCAGCUUCCCCUGGGUGUGCCAGAGGGACCUCAGCGUCCCCUGAGUGUCCCCUGAGUAUCCCCAAGGAGGGGAGGGGGGGUUAUGGGGGUUUGCGGGGUUCUGGGAAUUGUGGGGUGAUCCCGUUAAUGCUGGAUGAUUCCUGGAUCCAGGGGGGCUCAGAUACCUCCAAAACUGUGGGAUGAUCUUGCUCAUAUCCAGGAGGUUCAGUCCCGCAAAAAUCAGUGGGAUGAUCCCUCCAAAACUGUGGGAUGAUCCCAUUUAUCCUGUGGGGUGAUCCCUCCCAAAAAUCAGUGGGAUGAUCCCUCCAAAAGAAUGAGAUAAUCCACCUUACCCUGUGGGGUGAUCACUUUUAUCCUGUGGGAUGAUCCCUCCAAGACUGUGGGAUGAUCAUCCCUAUCUUCCUCCCAUCCUGUGGGGUGAUCCCUCCAGAAAAAUGGGAUGAUCCCACUCUUAUCCAGGAGGUUCAAUCCCCCAAAAAUCAGUGGGAUGAUCCCUUUUAUCCUGUGGGGUGAUCCCUCCCAAAAAUCAGUGGGAUGAUCCCUCCUCUCCUAUGGGAUGAUCGCUCCAAAAGUGUGGGAUGAUCCCUCCAGAAGAAUGGGAUGAUCCCACUCAUAUCCAGGAGGUUCAAUCCUCCCAAAAUCAGUGGGAUGAUCCUUCCCAUCCUGUGGGAUGACCCCACUCGUAUCCAGGAGGUUCAAUGCCCCAAAACCAGUGGGAUCAUCCCCCAAAACCACUGGGAUCUCAUUCCCCCCACCCAGGGAUCUCGUCCACCCAUAUCCAGUGGGAUCAAUCCCCCAGUCCAGAGGGAUCAUCCCCCCUAUUAAGGGAUCUCACUCUCCCAUCCAGAGGGAUCAUUCCCCCGUUUAGGGAAUUCAUCCCCCAUAUCCAGUAGGAUCAUCCCCCUUAUUUAGGGAUCUCAUCCCCCCCAUCCAAUGGAACCAUCCCCUAAACCAGUGGGACCAUCCCCCCUUAUCCAGGGAUCUCAGUCCCCUUAUCCAUGGGUCUCAUCCCCCCUAUUUAGGGAUCUCAUCCCCUCCAAACCCAUUGGGAUCAUCUCUCCUAUCCAGGGAUCUCAGCCCCCUUAGCCAGUUGGAUCCCCCCCAUGCAGGGAUCUCAUCCCCCAAAUCCCACAGGAUCAUUCCCCAUAUCCAGUGGUGUCAUUGCCUCUCUCCAGUGGGAAAUCCCCCAAAAACAGUGGGAUCAAUCCCCCUUAUCCAGUGGGAUCACCUCCCCUGUUUAGAGAUCUCAUCCCCUAAAACCAGUGGGAACAUCCCCCUUAUCCAGUGGGAUCAUCCCCCCAUCCAGAGGGAUCAUUGCCCUCCUUUACGGAUCUCAUCCCCCAAAUUCAGUGGAUUCAUCCCUCAAAAGCAGUGGGAUCAAUCCCCCAGUCCAGAGGGAUCGUCCCUCUGGACUGGGGGAUUGAAAUUCCCCUUAUUUAGGGAAUUUCAAUCCCCCAUAUCCAGUGGUGUCAUUGCCUCUCUCCAAUCGGAUAAUCCCCCAAAAACAGUGGGAUCAAUCCCCCUAACCCAGUGGGAUCACCUCCCCUAUUUAGGGAUCUCAUCCCCCAAAACCAGUGGAUUCAACCCCCAUAUCCAAUAGGAUCAUCCCCCCCAUCCAGAAGGAUCAUUGCCCUCCUUUACAGAUCUCAUCCCCCAAAUCCAGUGGGAUCAAUCCCCCAAUCCAGAGGGAUCAUCCCCCUUAUUUAGGGAAUUGAUUCCCCAUAUUCAAUGGAGUCAUUGCCUCUCUCCAGUGGGAUCAAUCCAGUGGGAUCACCUCCCCUGUUUACAGAUCUCAUCCCCCAAACCAGUGGGAUCCUAACUCCUUAUCCAGGGAUCUCAUCCCCCAAUCCAGUGGGAUCUCAUCCCCCAAACCAGUGGGAUCAUCCCCCAUAUCCAGCGGGAUCAAUCCCCCAAUCCAGAGGGAUCAUCCCUCUUAUUUAGGCAUCUCAUCCCCCUUAUCCAGUGGGAUCUCAUCCCCCAAACCAGCGGGAUCAUCCCCCAUAUCCAGUGGGAUCAUCCCUCUUAUUUAGGGAUCUCAUCCCCCUUAUAGAGUGGGAUCAAUCCCCCAAUCCAGAGGGAUCAUUGCCCUCCUUUAGGGAUCAAUCCCCCAUAUCCAGAGGGAUCAUUCCCCCCCUUAUUUAGGGAUCUCAUCUCCCUCAUCCAAGAGGAUCAUGCCCCAAAACCAGAGGGAUCAUCUCCCCUAUACAGGGAUCUCAUCCCCCAUAUCCAAUGGGAUCAUCCCCUAAAAACAGUGGGAUGUCAUCCCCCAUAUCCAAUGGGAUCAUCCCCUAAAACCAGUGGGAUGUCAUCCCCCAUAUCCAAUGGAAUCAUCCCCUAAAACCAGUGGGAUGUCAUCCCCCAUAUCCAAUGGGAUCAUCCCCUAAAACCAGUGGGAUGUCAUCCCCCAUAUCCAAUGGGAUCAUCCCCUAAAACCAGUGGGAUGUCAUCCCCCAUAUCCAAUGGGAUCAUCCCCUAAAACCAGUGGGAUGUCAUCCCCCAUAUCCAAUGGGAUCAUCCCCCCUUAUCCAGGGAUCAAUCCCCAAUAUCCCUUGGGAUCAUCUCCCCUAAUCCAGGGAUCUCAUCCCCCUUAAACCUGUGGGAUUAUCCCCAAAUCCAGUGGGAUCUCAUCCCCCAACCCAGUGGGAUCACCCCCCUUUAUCCAGGGAUCCCCCAAUCCCAGGCGUCCCCACCCCACCCUUGUCCCCAGUGUCCCAAAUCCCGGUGUCACCUCCCCCACCAUGACCCCAAAUCUGUCCCUGAUUGAAGUGUCCCAUCCUCUCCCCCCCCGUGACAUUUUGGGGUCCCCAACCCCCCCAAUUUGGGACAUCUGGGGACGCCCCCCUCCAAAUGAAUCACGGCUGAGCAGAGAAUAAAUUGCUUUAAAUAACUCAAAAGGAAAAAAAAUCCCCAACAAAAUAAUCCCCAAACUGCCCCAGAUUGCACCCAAAAUAUUCCUCAAAUAACCUCCCCCCCAAAAAAACCCAAAAAAAACCCCAAAAAAAACCCAAACAAGCCAAAAAUCACCCACAAAUAAGGCCCAAAAAUACAAAAAAAAAAUCCAUAAAAUAUCCCCAAAACACCCCACCCCCCCAAAAAAAACCCCAAAACCAAAAAAAACACCCAAAAAUACCAAAACCAAAUCCAAAUAACUCCAAAUAUCUAAAAAACACCAAAAAAAAAACCCAAAACAAACUCAAAAAUCCAAAACAAUCCCAAAUAACCCCAAAAUAGCUCAUAAAAUACCCAAAAAACCAAAAUAAUCUAAAUACCCCCAAAAA